CUCCCCAGCCGCUUCCUCUCCGACGACGACGAUGGCGGCCCCCGUCCCCUCUUCUCCGGCGGAGAGGGCGCUGCGGGUUCUCUCCAACCGCAAGGAGGUGUCGUCACUGGAGGAGAUCGUCGCGUCCGGGAGGUCGGGUUUCAUCUUCUUCGUGGCAUCUCGCAUCAAGAGGAGAACCGGUCCACCUGGCAACGGCGGCGUCACCAUCGGCAACCCAGAGCUGCUCGAGCGGAAGAAGGACGCAGAAAUUGGUGUGAAGUACGGUUUGAACCUCAUGAGGGAAUGGGGGAAGGAGAUCCGUGGGCAGAUGAAGGAAGUCGAAGUGCUCAUCGACAGCAUCCAGGAGAAGCUCGACGCCGGCGACGAUGCCGUGCCACGUCUCGGCCCGCCGCACAGGAAGAGAAAUCGGGUCAAGGACCGGUGCUUCUAUCCGCGCGAGUCCCCGAUUCCAACUCCAAUGGAGCCUUCCUUCAAGAGGAUCAAGCUCGAAACAAUUGAUCUCACAGCAUCGAGGGCGGCAGACGUGGUCGCGCAGAAGGCUUACUGGAGGUUCAAUCUCUCACUGCUGCAGGAGAAGAGGGAGCUUCUCAAGAAUCUAUCCGAGUCGAUUCAAGACUCUCUGUCUCAUCUACGCGCAGAUGCACUGAACAAUAUGGGCACACUUGGAGCAGGAUAUGCUGAUUACAACCCCAAGUUUUAGCUUCUGAUGUGAACUACAUCUACAGCUUCCAAGGAAAUAUGUUGCUUAGGAAAGCCACAUGGACUACAUAGUAGCUAGCAUUAUUAGCUUUAUGUCCUCGCAAUUGUUGCUCCAAAUGGUUUCUAUGGAAUUCUGGUACUGUGAACUGCGAAUACCAUGCUUGUGAUUUGUGAGAAAAACUUUGCAUGUCCCUGGUUGGAGUAUGAUAAUUGGUGGGUUCCGCUGCUACGCAGCUUAUUUCCAACUUUGGUUUGUCCUGCUGUUGUUUAGAUGUUGUUCUGUUAGUCUUGUUGUGGAGUCUAGGCUCUUCUGUUUUAGGCCUGCUGGGUUGUUUCUAGUGUGGUGACUGGUGAGCUGCAUGGAAGUUUAGGAUAUCACCUUUGCUUACUUGCUGGUGUCUGUGGAAAAUAUUGGAUGGGAGAGAAAUCUAUGAUCUGCUGUGAUCUAUUGUAUUCUGUUGUAUAUUGCACUAGCCCUCACGGAUCUAUUUAUAGCGUACAUAGGAGAUAGAAACUUAGGGUAAAAGAUAAAUAUUCUAU